CAAAAAAAUUCCGCGGCGGGUGCUAAAACAAUGGCCAAUCUCCGAUCACUCCUAACAAACCUAUCUUCCUACUGUCAACGCUCCUUCUCCCAAUCCCUAACCAAACCUCCGAAUCAAAUCCAAACCAGACAAAUCUCGACGACACUCACCAAACCGGCGACGUCGAAGCACAGCGGCACGGAGCAAGGAGUGAAGCGAAACAGCGCCGAUCACCGGCGGAGACUGCUCGCGGCGAGGUUCGAGCUGAGGAGGAAGCUGUACAAGGCGUUGUGCAAAGAUCCGGAGCUUCCCAGCGAAAUGAGGGAGAAGAAUCGGUACAAGCUGUCGAAGUUGCCGAGGAACAGUGCGUUUACGAGGAUAAGGAACAGGUGUGUGUUGACUGGUCGGUCUAGGUCGGUGACGGAGCUGUUUCGGAUGUCGAGGAUUUGUUUCCGUGGGUUGGCGAAUAAAGGUGAAUUGAUGGGUAUUAAGAAGUCGUCUUGGUAGAUGGCAUGUGACUGAAACCACAAAGGCAGCAAGGAAUCAAAUACAGUUUACGGAAGUAGCUGUUGUUUAAUGUUGGUGUAAUCCAUUACAGAGUUUAAUUUGGUUAUAAAACGAGUGCUGCUUUUUUUUUUGUUAAUGAUCUCGUUGAGGAUUAUUGAAGUUAUUCUAGUAAUUCUUUUUGAAUAAGAUGAGCACUGUGGCAAACUUUUCAGCUCUUGUUUUGCUUGUCGUUAAGUGUUGCUCUUUUUUAUGAUCUCGUUUAAGGAU